ACGUGGCUACAUACCCAAACAGACAGAGGACUCCGCCAGGGAUGCAUCAGCAAAAUGUACAGUGUACCGGUCAUUACGUCAAAUACACUCACCAACGUUUAAAUCUCAGAGUUUUGUACAUGAAGCUUGAGGUGAAGGGCUGAAGGUUAAGCGAAGCCUGCGUUUGAAUCACUUAUCUGACCCGUUUGUACAUUUUCACUGUGUCAGUCUGCAAGAGGCACUUGUUUCUCUAUAGGUAGACAGCAUGGCAGAUAUCGAGUCCUCAUUUGAAUUUAGCUCAUCUUUGACCAGCUCUUCGCUGCCUCCCCCACGGACUCGAAUCUUUAAAAUCAUCGUGAUCGGUGAUUCUGGAGUUGGCAAGACUUGCCUCACCUAUAGAUUCUGUGCGGGCAAGUUUCCCGACAGGACUGAGGCCACUAUCGGGGUGGAUUUUCGGGAGAAGAUUAUUGAAAUAGACGGCGAGAAAAUCAAGGUCCAGUUGUGGGACACCGCAGGCCAGGAGCGCUUCCGUAAGAGUAUGGUGCAGCACUACUACCGCAACGUCCAUGCUGUUGUGUUUGUCUACGAUGUCACUAAUGCCGCUAGUUUCCGUAGCCUUCCGGCAUGGAUUGAGGAGUGCCGUCAGCAUGCCCUGGGGCAGGAGGUGCCCAGAAUCCUGGUCGGCAACAAAUGCGACCUGCGCCACGCCGCACAAGUGAGCACUGACGUAGCACAGCAGUUUGCCGAUGCACACUCAAUGCCUCUGUUCGAGACCUCUGCCAAAAACCCCUACGGAAACGACGAUGGCAGUCGGAAUAACAGUGACCACGUCGAGGCCAUUUUUAUGACUGUGGCGCACAAGCUGAAAUCUCAAAAGCCGCUGAUAUUAAGCCAGCCGCCAUGCGGAUCAGGAGAUACUGUCACUCUCAGGAGGCAGGAUGAGGAGGACAGGGGAAGUUGGGGCUGUGGUUGUUGGAGGAGCUAAUGACGUACACGUUUAAAGGAAAAGGCACCUCUUUACAGAACGGAGAUGAUGAAAGGUAAAGCACUUUUCAGAGAAGUGGAUGUAAAGGUGCUUUUGUGUUCUCUGUGAAGCGGAACUCCAGGAUUGAGGACACAGGAGCAUUUAUUCUCAAGAUUGGCCAGUAUUAUAAUAUGGCCAUUAUGUAAAGGGAAAACGUUUCUACAACACUCAUCAGAAGCUUUGACAAGUUGCAUGUAGGCCAACCUUACAUAUACAAGCUUCAUAUGCCACUGCCAAACACUUUCAAUAGAUUUGCCUACUAGUCCAAUUGGUUAUGCAGUUGCACAGUGAAAUUGUCAUACACAAGAUGUGGCCUUUUUCAUCAUAUCUUUGAAACAAUUUUCUUGCCAAAAUUAGAUUAAAGUUUAAACUGUUCUGUUAAAUCACUUCAGCCUCCCAGUUGAAACGCCGAAUCUGGUUUAGUGUGUGUGUUUGUUGUUUGUUCUCUCAUUCUCUCUCUCUCUCUCUCCCACCCACACAUGCAGGCGCUUCCUGUGAAAGUUGGGAGGAAAAGGACAAACUGGCAAACACUCAUUAAAUGCAGGCUAUUUAUGAUUAGAGUGGCUAAUAGGUCUUAGAGAAGCGAGGGAUGAAUUUAAAAAUAAAAUAAAGCUGAUAUCCUUGCCUUUCCUAAAAAGUCUUAAAGCCAGUCCAUGUCCCACUGUCAGUGUUUUAUUUAUUGCCAAUUUCUUAUUUUUGUUUUAGCAUUCAUUUAUCUGAAUAAAAUCAACUGUAAGGAGUUAUCCAGUCCUCCUUGUGAAUUGGUUUGAAAUUUCAAUUUUUGGUAAAAAGGGACAAUAAAUUCACUGAUGAUAUUUA